AUGUCUUCUUUUGGAGAAUCUUCAGGCGCCCUCUGCAAAUCAGAUUGUAUCAAUUCUUACUCUGAUGAUGUCUGUCAGGCUGAAAGAGACCAAAACUUAGCACAGGUUCAUCGGGGCGGCAGGACGGCCAGCACAGAACAACAGUCAUCACUACGCGGCAACCCUGUUUCGGGCUCCGGUGAGACCACAGCACCGAUUCCGUCCAACCAACGUUCGCUUCGAAAUGGCAGGUAA